CAUGUUGUUGCUGGAGCCGCUCAGAGAAAAGUUUACCCGCUCGCGCUGACAACAGCACCUCCAUGACCCAUAACCUUCGACCCCGCCAGCUCCAGUCCUGCGCCGGGGCACACACCUGAACAUGGCCUUCUUCAGCUGUCUGAGCUCUCUCUUCAGCAAGGCUAAGACUUUGAGACCACUGAGGAGUUUCAAGGACUCAGAAUUGGAGGCCAAGGAGGCCUGUGACUGGUUACGGGCGGCCGGGUUUCCCCAGUAUGUGCCGCUAUAUGAAGCCACACAUUUCCCCAUCGACAUUGCAUCUGUUAGAAAGGACCAUGAAUUCCUGGACCAGGACUCCCUCAAAUCCCUCUGCAGGAGACUGACUACGCUGAACAAGUGUGCGGCCAUGCGACUGGAGGUUCACUUUCAGUGCAAGCAGAGUGAGGACUCGGAGGAGGAUGACGCGUGUGCCAUCAGCGACCGCUGGGCCUUCCAGCGCGAGAGCAAGACCUGGUCACGGCUUCGCCCGCUCUCUCCGGGUGCCCCACUCCGACCUUUGAGGGCAUCAGCCAGCAGCGAGAGCGUGCUGAGCGACUUCAGCAACCUGGAGGUCACCUCCGUCGCCUCGGCGCGGUCCGCACUGAGCGACAGCAGCCUGAGCGUGGAGAGCACGCGCGAGACCAGCCCGACAGAGUCGGCGGCAGUGUCCACCUUCGGCGGCAGCAUGGCCGCGGCGGGCGACGUCCACCAAGAUGCCGAUGGCGAGGAGGAUGAGAAGCAGAGGGCGUCGUCGCCGGCGAGGGACAAGCCCAAAAGAUGCUCGCGCUCCUUCCUCCGCAGGAUGGAGUCGCUGAGGCGGAAGGAGCAGGAACGGGAUACGGUCACCACAGCGAUGAGGAUGCCUGGUGGUCUCCACUGCACCUCGGACGAGAGCCUGCCAGGGCUGAAAGCCAAGGCGGGGAAGGCCCACACCAUCUGCAGGAGUAGCCUAAGCCGCAGCAAACUGCCCGACUUUGCGUCCAGCGGUCCCCGUCGUGCGUGCCUCUAUCUGGAGGACUACCAGCUCGCCUGGAGCCGACCCCGCGCUGCAGACCGUACCGCGUCUCUAAGAAACAGGCAGCAAGGAAGUCGGUCCAGGUUGGUUCAUCUGCCCAAGGAUCACAAGCCUGGAACGUUCCCCCGCUCGCUGUCCAUCGAGAGCCUGUGUCCAGCCUCACUCGGGGACAGCGCCAACGCCAUUGGCUGGCCUGGAGAAGAUGGCGACUUCUCAGUGGGCAGCAUGAGUAGCCGCAGCGAUUCGCAGGACUUCUCCAACGACGAAUCCGCGUUCCGGAAAAGGCGGAACUCCACGUCGUCCAUCGGCAGCGUUUACGACAACGUCCCGGAAGUCGGCGGGAGCUCCGAAGAGCUACUCAAUCUGAGCGGGGCCGAGCAAGCCCUGGAUCUGGACGAUAUUCUCCGACAAGUUCACGGACUCCAGCACAACAUUGACCAGUGGUCACGGCAGCUAGACAAAUCCCACACAGAAGAGGACUCCGCUGUAGACUCUACGAUACCCAGCAGCCCACACCUGGAGGAGCAGUCCAUGUCGGACAUGGGCACGACCAUGAGCGACUACGACAGCACUGGCAACUCGCUCAACGACGGUGACGGAGAGGGCGAGAUGAGGGAGAGGAGGGACUCUGGUGUCGGAGCAUCACUGACCAGACCAAGCAGGAAGCUCCGCUGGCACAGUUUCCAGAACUCGCACCGGCCGAGCGUGACGGCCGCCUCCCUGGAGAUCAACCGGCAGUCGGCCGCCCAGCUCAACCUGCUGCAGAAGCUCUCGCUGCUCCGUCUCACCGCCAUCAUGGAGAGGCACUGCGAGACCAGCAAGCACGGUUGGAACUGGACGGUGCCUAAGUUCAUGAAGCGGUCCAAGGUGCCAGACUACAGGGACAAGCAUGUGUUUGCCGUGCCGCCCAACAUCAACGUCCAGCGCACCGGGCAGCCCCUCCCUCAGAGCAUCCAGCAGGCCAUGAGAUACCUGCGCAGCCAGUGCCUUGGACAGGUGGGACUCUUCCGGAAAUCGGGUGUGAAAUCCCGCAUUCAGGCCCUGCGGCAGCUAAAUGAGAACUCCCCGGAUCAUGUGACCUACACAGGCCAAUCAGCUUACGACGUGGCUGACCUCUUGAAACAGUACUUUAGGGACUUGCCAGAGCCUGUCCUCACUAGCAAGCUCACUGACACAUUUCUGCAGAUCUAUCAAUGCGUCCCCAAAGAGCAGCGUCUGCAGGCGGCGCAGGCGGCGGUCAUCCUGUUGCCAGACGAGAACAGAGAGGUACUGCAGACUCUGCUUACUACCUUCCUCAGUGACAUCGCCUCGGCGCCAGCCAAUCAGAUGACUCCGAAACCCCUGGCCGUGUGCUUGGCCCCAUCGAUACUGCACCUUAACGUCUCCAAGAAAGAUGGCACCUCACCACGGUUGAUCAACAGAAGAGGCGGCAGCAAGCCCGACCAGAAGGACCUCAGUGAGAACAUGGCAGCCACUAAAUGCCUGAGUCACAUGAUCACAGAGUGCAAGAAACUAUUCCAGAUUCCCCAUGAGAUGAUGCUGCAGUCGCGUAACUCGUACAUCGCGGCAGAUGCUCAGCCGCUGCCGCUGCACGCUCUGGGGGUGAACCUGCAGGGCGAGCCCGUGGACUACCGCGCCUACCUGGAGGACAACGUCCAGUGCCUGCUCCGAGAGGCCAGCGAGAAGAGCAAGGGCUGGCACAGCGCCCCUGGCCCCGAACACACUGAGCUGGCAUAUAAGAAGGUGGGCGACGGGCAUCCAAUCCGGCUUUGGCGCGUGUCGGCGGAAAUGGAGGCGCCGGCGGCGGUGGUUCUGCAGAGGGUUCUACGUGAGCGCCACCUGUGGGACGAGGACCUGCUGCACAGCCGCGUGCUGGAGAGCCUGGAGAACAACACCGAGGUCUUCCACUACAUCACCGACAGCAUGGCGCCACACCCGCGCAGAGACUUUGUGGUGCUCAGGCGCUGGUGUAACGAUCUGCCACGGGGUGUCUGCGUGCUCGUCUCCUCGUCGGUUGACCACGACAAUGUCCAGCUGGAGGCGGGCAUCCGAGCGGUGCUGCUGACCUCGCGGAUAGUCAUCGAGCCGUGCGGACUAGGCCGCUCCCGCCUCACACACUACUGCCGGGCCGACCUACGGGGCCGUUCUCCUGAGUGGUACAACAAGGUGUUUGGCCACCUCUGCGCUGUGGAGGUCGCUAGGAUACGGAGCUCCUUUCCCGUGCUCACGGCUCGUGGCCCUGAAACCAAACUCUGAGACACCGUGGAGGACUGGCCCCCACGACCUUACAAUGAUCUUCACAAGGUAGCGGGGAAAGAGGGAGUGAGAGCGAUUGAGGGAUGGAUGGAUGGAGAGAGAGAGAGAGAGAGAAGGAUGGAGAGUGACCAUCGAGGAACAAAAGAAGUCUCCCUCAACUCUUAUCUGUGUGGAAAUUUCUGACCUUUUCGGCUAACAGAUGUCUCAAUGCCUCAGUAUCUGAAUCAUUAUCAGGGGGACAGUGCUCCCAAUUAGCAAAAUACCAUGGAAAUUACCAGAAAGAAAGUAAUAAAAAUAUCAUUACAAAAUUCAUUCAAGGUCAAGGUCAAACCAGCUGAUGAUCCAAAGGAGUGAAAUUAAAAUUGUGCCCUAGAGAGACCACGUGUAUGUGUUUGGCUCGCUAAAGGAUAACCUUGUUCUGAGAGUUAUUAACUAAGACUAUGCAAACACAGUGGAGACAAGUUUAAAAUGCAGUAGAUGCAUGUUCUAUGGGGGACAUAUGACUGCACAAGAUAGGAGCAAACAUGUUAAUGUGUGCGUUUCUUACAUGUCUUACAAAACAUGGGCUCACUGACCCGAUGAAUUACCCCACACGAAGAGAGAAUCUGUGUGCGGUAAAGCUACUCGAAUGAUCAAAUCACUGGCUCAGCUAACGGCCCUUUAUAAAUGUUACAAACAUUAUUUUUUAUUCAAAGACCAAAAGGCCAUGAUCGUGCAGAAACAAUCGAUCCUACUGAAUGUUGGAUGCAGUUACUUUAAGGGGAUUGAAAGCCUGUGUGUAUAUGUGUGUGUGAGAGAGAGAGACUGAGUAAACAAAAACUGCCAAUGUGAACACGCAUCUUUUACCACAAAGCCAUAUUCAUCUGUACUGACCAUCAGUUCUGCCAUUGACAUGAAAGGCUGCUACAUGCCGGGGGCAACACCACGUGCAUUAAACACAUAUUGCCUUGCGUGAACUGUGUGCGGUAAAUACAUAUUGCUUUGCAUGCACUGCGUACAUUAAAUACAUAUUGCCUUGCGUGCAUUGCAUGUGUUAAAUACAUAUUGCCUUGCCAUGGAGGAAAAUCUUGAGACACUAGACCUCAGGGGCAUUAGCUUAAAAGCCAAAUAAAGCCAAAUAAAGAAUAUCUUGUUUUAAAACACCUGCCAAUGCUACUGUACAGGGAAUCUGAAAGCCAUCAUAAAGGGUUGCAAAGGAUAUAAUACAUAUCCCUUUAAUGCAGUAACUCAGGAGAUGUUUAGUAGUCGUUAUUGUCAUUAAUACGCACGAUAACAUGUAUUAUCUAUGCAAAAUAAAAAUCAUGUUAACCUAAGAGAAUAUAAUAUAUUUUAAUAGUGAAUCAGUAUAUUUUGUUCUGUUUGUAAAAGUCACCCAUACCAGUUCUGACACCCUGUUUAUGUAGGUGUGUAAAUGCAUUUCGUGGUGCAUUUAGUGAUGUACACAAAGUGCAAUCCUCUUGAAAUCCAUCUGGAUUUAUGCCAGUAUUUUCCUAGAGGACUCUGGCCUUUGUCCUCUUUCUUCAAGGUAGAACCCCCGAGUGUUGUGUGUCAUUUGGGGAAUUACAGUGCCCUCAGGGUAUUCCUUCCUUUCUAUCUCUCUCUCUCUCUCUCUCUCUCUCUCUCUCUCUCUCUCUCUCUCUCUCUCUCUCUCUCUCUCUCUUCUCUGUCUCUACUUUCUUUUCUCUGAACCCUCUCCUGGUGUACAGAUGGAGAGUGCACUUUGUCUUUAUCUUUCAUUAUGAAGCGUUAAGUUCAGUAGGAUGAUAACGUCAGUUACAUUUGGACUGAUUGCAAAAAAGGGAUGAAAUGUGGAUGUAAUGUCCUCAGAACACAACCUUUUGCAGCUUGUUCUCUUGUUUGUGUUUUAUUUGUGUAGACAUGUCCUCUGCUCUCAUUGUCUCCAGUCUGUGGAUAUGUGUGUACACGUGUAUGUCUACAGUACAUUUUCUUUGUCUUAGUUUUAUGUUGGGUAUUAUAAAACACUGUUGUUUUGUCAGCGUGUUUGACAAAUGUCUGACAUGCUGCUUCUGUUCUUCUUUGCAUAUCCAUCUUGCCUUUCCACAGCUUUCUCUGUGACUCAUUCAUAUGCUUAUAGCAUCUGCUACAUCUGCUGGUCCUCCUGCCAGUUUUACUCCCUCCCCACAUCUCAACUAUCAAUCGUUCAUUUAUUUAUUUCAAGCAUUUCAUUCUUUUUUCAUGCAUCACGCAAGUUGGAGUAUGUGCAUUGAGAGUGGGUGAAAUAUGUGGCGAAAUUGUACAAAUUCACAUUUAAUUGUGGAGUAAAAUCAAAGCAAUUUGUAUUUUAAAAACUUUAUUGACAAAAAGUGUUUAUUUAACAGUAGCUAAAUUAUUUUUGCAAUGUUUAGACUGUGAUGAUAUCUGGUUUUUAAUAUUUGGUUGUUCCUGAUCUGACAACAUUUCAAUUUACUACCUAUUUGUAUAAUACUGUUCCACCAAUAAAUGGAUGGAAACCAAUAAACCUUUGGAA